AUGAGUGGACAACUCAACGUGAUUAAGAUAGUUCUUCAAUUUUGCAAGGAAAAUUCUUUGCAUCAAACUUUCCAAACAUUACAAAAUGAGUGCCAGGUUUCUCUAAAUACAGUAGACAGCCUUGAAACAUUUGUUGCGGACAUUAAUAGUGGAAGGUGGGAUGCAAUAUUACCUCAAGUGGCACAGCUCAAGCUUCCCAGGAAGAAACUAGAGGAUUUAUAUGAGCAGAUUGUUUUGGAAAUGAUUGAACUUCGAGAGUUGGACACUGCUCGUGCUAUAUUAAGACAAACCCAAGCAAUGGGUGUGAUGAAGCAGGAGCAACCUGAAAGAUACUUGCGAUUGGAGCAUCUCCUUGUUCGAACUUAUUUUGAUCCAAAUGAGGUGUUGGGCAAAGAAGUUGGACAAAGUUUGAUGCAGAGUCCUCGAAAUUUCUUGCACCUUAGGCCGAAGACAUCAAGUGGAAGUAGGGAAACAAAGGUUGCACGAAGUAAUCAUGGACCAAUUGAGGGAGGUCAGGAACAUGGAUCAAAAGGUAAUGAACAAACUUGGGUUGGUUGGCUGGAGGCUAGACAGAAACCAAGGCGUGACCUAAAUGAAUUCAACUAG